UGAUAGGCGUGGUUACAUGUUGCUAGGCAACGUUAUCACUUUGGGUACUUCUCAAUGACUGCAGCCUGUAUAGAAGUACCUUAUAGAGUUAGGACGGGGAGCAAUGGAGGGACUGAGGAGAGGAGGAGGCUCAUAGACUCAAGAGGAGGAACGAAAUGGGGCAAUGAGGAAAAUCAAGGAAGAACCACUGGAGCAGAGAAAGAAAAACAUAGAAAGCAUAUUGAUGCUAUAUUGAAAGCUUGGGAGUCUAUCGUUGCAAAAGAUAAAGAAGAAAGACAUGCUAAACUGAGAGAGAAGGUCGAACUACAGCGACAACUUAUUAGUAAAGUACAAGAACAAAAUGAAGCAAUACGAUGCUAUAAAAUGGAAAAGAAAAAAGAAAAAGAGGAGAUGGAGCAGUUAGCUGUGGAACUAGAGCUGAAAGGAAGAAAGAAGUCCACUUAUAAAUCUCCAUCAGUAACAAAAAGACUAAAGCCCUCAGUAUCAGCUCCAAUGAUCCAACUCACUGAUACUCACAUUAAAAAUGAUACCACAGGACAGGAGCCUAUGGAAGCAAAGAGAAGAAGCACAGCUGCUCCAGUUAGCAGGAGGUCAAAGACACCAUUGACAUCUUCUUAUAUAAGAAUACCUCAUGAUGUGCACUCCAUCAAUGAAGGCAGUGGUCCAGCUAGUCCAGUGCUGCCCCAGUUUCCUGAGAAUAAAGUAUUACAAUAUUUAGGAAUAGAGCAGAGCCAUAUGGAGCAAGUAAAGAUUGAGGAAAUGUGGCUACAUAUGAAGUCACACUCGGAGAAACAGCUUCAUCCAAUGCAGGAGCACCUGGAGAGAUUGAAGAUGAUGUCAUGUCCAUCAAUUAAAGAAUGCCUUGAAUUAUAUGAUCAACCAACAGCUUGUGAUAACUACACUGGAAAGACUAUCUCUCUAACAGCUGCAUUGAAAACCUUAAGGACUAUUUCAGAACCAACAAAAGAGUACAUACUACGACUGAGUAAAUCCUCAGCAAGCUUAAAGAGCAAAUGUGGCCAGCAGAUGAUUGAGAAUACAGCAAAGAAAAGACCAGAUAAAGACGACAUAGGAAACAAUGCUUGGUUUGUUGGGUUGGAUAAGAGCAAAGGACAGAGACCACAAUCAGCUCCUGCUCCAUUGCUAGUCAGCAAGAGGGCAGCACCAUUAAAGACAAGCCCAGCAGGUCCUGUUGCUAAAACUAGAGCAACCAGCGCAUUGCCAAGGACUUACUGUUUUCAAUCAGAGGAAGGUUGCAAAAAAAGAGGUUCAAUAAAAAAACCAUUAACAUCAUGGAGUCAAAGACGGAAUAGCAGUAGGUUAAUGAACAGUGGUUCUGCUGUAUCCAAAAGUACUGCUACUACUAAGAAGAAGGUUGUUGCUGUGACAAAGAAUAAUGUGACAUUUCCUAGUCAAUGGGAGCCGUUGUCACUAGCAGCACUUAGAGAAGCAAAUGGAGUCCUUAAGAGAGAAGGAAGUGGACAUGGAGCAUUUAGAAAUGGAAGAGUAACACUUUGGAAGCAAAGCAUUACCUAAUUAAUAUUCAUUGAUAAUUAUUGUUAUUAGUUUAAUUAAUAAUUAAAUGAUCAGCCA